AUGACUCACAAGUGUAUUGGUGUGUUGGCUCUGCAAGGUGCAUUUAUAGAACAUGUUCACCAUUUGAAGCGAUGUAUUACUAAGUACGGUUCACAGUUUUAUAAUGGUAUAACCAUUAAAAUAAUUACGGUACGAAACAAAGAAGAAUUAUGGAAAUGUGAUGGGUUGGUAAUUCCUGGAGGUGAAUCCACUGCGAUGUCAUUGAUUGCUCAAAGAACAGGAUUUUAUGAGGAUCUAUAUGAGUUUACUCAUAACCCACAAAAAUGUGUUUGGGGUACUUGUGCUGGAUUGAUCUUUAUAUCAGAUAUUUUGAUGAAUGAAAACCACUUAGUCAAAACAUUACAACUGUUACAUGUUAAAGUCAAGAGAAAUGCUUUCGGGAGACAAGCUCAAUCUUUUACCCAAGAAUGUGAUUUUUCAAGUUUUAUCGAUGGGUGCAAUGACUUCCAAGCCACAUUCAUUCGAGCUCCUGUCAUUGAACAGAUUCUAGAUGAUGACACUGUGAAGGUGUUAUAUCGUUUGAAUAAGCCAAAUAGUCCUCAGAACGGAUUGAUUGUUGCUGUAAAGCAAAAUGAUAACGUCUUAGCCACUUCGUUCCAUCCUGAGCUUGCUGAAGAUGACCUAAGAUUUCAUGAUUAUUUUAUUAGGCACUUCAUGCUGAAGAUAUAG